UUUCUCUUUUAAUCGUUCGCACAAACUCAAGCGUUUUACGCUUAUCGCUGCCGUUCGGUCACAUCGGUUCUACGAUCCUACGACUACCUAAUACCGCAGAUAGUGACGGUUGUUGCGUAUUCGUUAAACAAUUUAUUGUGUUACCUAUGUAUUUUACAGUGACUUUAUUUAAUUAAGUUUUGAUAUCUAUUUGAGAAUUUAUUUGCUCCUUCCUUUGGAGAGCAUUUUUCUGCAAGAGAAAUGGACUCGGGCCUUGAUUCGUGAUUUUUUUUGGAAUAUGUCAUUUUGAGUAUGCCAAACACUCAUCGCGGAGUUCGACUCCGUACCGGACUCAAAAUUGUCUCGUGAAGUGGUUUGCAAGUGGAGUUUGCAAAUAAAAAAAACAGCCAUCAUGUACAAAAUUCGAUUGUACGUCGUGCCCGAGCAAGAGGAGACCGCUCUGGAUUUUGAAAAGGAGGAUCGUCCGAAUUGCGAACGCCCGCUGGUUCAGAUGCAGCGUAGAAACUCAAAGAGGCCUGGUGUCGUGAGGGUUAACGUUACUCAAACCAUGAGCGCCGUCAAGACGCGUCAGUCACGUGACGUAACGGAUGAUCACGUGGUAAGGGAUACGACCAAUGGGAAUGCAACGAUGCCCAAGGCACCGUUGCAUCGUGGGAUGUGCGUGGCGGGUGAUUUUGAAAAAUUACCCGACAAGAUGAUCUUUGCCUCGCCGAAAAUUCAGCGUCUCGCGCUAAAUCUUCAGGAAAAGAUGCUGGAGCGGACUGCGAAGAUGCAAAAGAUAUCCGAGAGCGUGGAUUGCGGUGUUUUGCGGAAUUUUGAGAAUUUCGGUAAUAAGAAAGUGCCUCCGGCAAUCCGACGCAGGGCUGACAACAACGAUAGAAGUGUUUCGUGCAGUUUGACGCCCAUUUCGGAAAAUCUUCAUGGAAAUGGCGACGAUGGCUUUUUGGCAAGUCGCUCGCAAGUCCUCGGGAAGUCUAUGAAAAUUGGACGUUUCAAUAAUUGCCCGAGCAAUUCCAAUGGCUCUGGGGAUACUUUGGAGAAGGAAUCGCCUGUGAAGAUGGCGGACAAGGGAGUGACGAAUUCUGUGAUUCUACGAAGGAACAACAAGCUCAAUGGCUACAGGGUGAGGAGUGAGUAUGAUUUGGAGCAGAAAAUCGAGGUGGAAAUCAAGAUGAGAGAAGGCUCGGCUAGACUCCUAGCUGCCGCCAGACAUCGUGCACAGAGCUUGGAAGCUGCGCGAGCUCUGCUAACCUCGAACGAACGAAUGUCGGCUUACAUGGCCGAACUUCAGCGCCGCAAGAGAGAACCGUCGAAUAAGAGCAGCAGCCUUCCUGGAAGCUCGGCCAGGGUAUCCUUGUCGGAACUUCGCGUACCCUUGAUGUGGCGCGAUUCCGAUCAUUUCAAGAAUCGUGGCGAUUACAGGAGAUUUGCUGUUUUCUGUCUGGCGCGCGUCGGCACGGAAAUUCACGAUACUGCCCUUUUAUGUCCAGUCGACAGAGCCCUUACCGACAUCAGUUUUCCGGAUGUUUUGGUCUUCAAUAAUGUGCCUGCUGAGUUUGAACUCACCCUGGAAAUCUACAGUCACAUACUGCAGGAGGAUCUCAGCAUCGCGAGCACUCCUAGAAGAAUCAAGAGGACCAUUCACUCAUCCAUCUCUAAGACCGUCGGCAAAAAACUUGCUGCUUCUCUCAGGGACGAACUAAAUUCUGGAAAGAUGUAUGUGACCGGUCCUCAUUUUGAACUUAUGGCUUCGGCUAAACUCACUUUGGACGACAGCGAUGAGAAUAUACAUACUCAUGACUUGGUUAUUAAUAAUUUGGAAAACAAACAUCACGCUCUGCCGUUAUUCGGGCACUUUUGCUGCCGCUUGGCCGCUCAACCAGAGUGCGUUAACAAGGAGGUCUACGCCGGUAGUCUCAAUCUGGACGGACGGGAGUGCUGGGCACGGCUACAGGGAUUCUCACUGCAGAGCUGGGAGUCGCGAAAGCUCGCCGAGGAGGAACAGAAUCCUCUGGAUACGAUACCAGUGAACAGGGAGACAACGGUACAGUCCUCGAAGUCCUCUGCCAAGGAGCUGCGAAUUGUCAACACCGUGGACGGUGCCGAGAAGACGAGUAUUUUGAGACUAGAGUGCAGCGAGGAGGCGCAGAAGUGGCUAAGACACCUGGUGAUGCACGCCCAGGAUCAUCUCAGAUGGAAGCAUGCCGCUGAAUCUAUUCAGGAUGUACCUUGCGUUGAGAGCGCCAGGAACUCGUUUAUCAGUAACAAGAGACAGGGCUCUCUGUACGAUGAGACGCCUCUCAUUGAAUCCGUACAGUCGGAUUACACCACGAACAGGCCGACUGUCCAAGAGAUAUUCGGACUGACGCCAAGCACCAGCCUCAGCAGCUGCAGCUCGACCAGCAGCCCGCCGAGUCUUCGCUCUAGGUCCCUCAGUACCAGCGGGACCAGGAAAUUGAGUGGCAGCGCCCUCAAGAAUCACUGGCCAUUCUCCACCAAGAGUCACGACUAGACUACACCUGAAUUAGUCAGAACAACGGGGUUCAGGUUGUAGAUUUGAUCAAUUGACCUCUCAAGGAAUCAAGAUUGAGAAUCUACUGGUGCACGUCCGGCCCGGAUGUUCAUCUAGGAGGUAAAGGUGUAACGGGCUGGCCCGGCGAGGGACCUAUACAUAUACUCCAAGGGACCAACGUUCACCAGGUUCUUACUCGCAGGGCUCAAUUCUUUUUUCUCUUUUUUUUUUCCUUUUACAUUAAAAAAGAAACUAUGUAGGACGCCAAUAUGGCGAAGACUGAUGAUGGGACGAACAUUAUUGGUGACUUUUAUUGUCGUCGAUUCUUGUCAGGCGGAAGUGAAGUUUUGGUGAAUUCUGCCCGAUUACAAUACUCAACGAGAACGCGUGAUCGAUUAUUCGCGGGUUUGUUUUUCUUCCUUUUGUCCCACCUUUUAUCUCAUUCUAACGCUUGACGCGAGUAGAUCAGGUUUACUUGCAUCAAGCGUGUGACAUUUUCCUUUGACUAAGGACGAGGAUCGGCAUUACCAUUUGCUUUUCAAAUGUUUCUUUCGGGACGCAACUUUUUCUUUUCUUUUUUUUACUAUCACUUUUCCUUUAACUCAUUGAUAAGAAUGGCGAUAUCACACGUGGUACAUUGCAAGUAAAAGUGCCCUUAGGGAUAUUGUAGAGCCCUUAAACAAAGUCAGUAGAUUAGAGUUGUCAUCGGUAGUGUCGCCUCUCACGUGCAUUUAUAUCAAACAAAUAUUGAUUUAAAAAGUAUGGUAUGCAAAGGUACUUUCUCAUUGAGUCACAUCGAUACAGUUCAAAAGUGAUGCAUGGAAGAUAUAUCUUUGAUGCUUACUGUAUGUAUAAUAUAUAUUGAUUUUUCACUUUUCUGCAUGACGCAUUUUUGUAACGUCGUAGCCUUACGCAUUCGUGAUCCAAUGAAUAAUUAGAGAAUAUAAUUAGCAAUUAAUAUGCGAAUAAGUUGUCUUCUUUCCUUUUUCUUUGUAAUUUUUCAAUGUUACUUCCAAUAAUCUUCCUCCUUGUAUGUUUCUCUUACGAUACCUACUUUCCAUUCUCACCACUCACUCCGAUGUAAAAUAUUUAUUUUUCUUUUUCGCGGCUGAUCUUUCAUAUAGAACUUUGUAUGACAUUAAAAUCUUUUUCAGGAAAAUAUAUUUUCUAUUUUACUUAUUUCUUCUCUAUAUAAAUCUUCCAAGUCAUCGAUCCACCGUGUAAAAGAAUAGCAGAGUGUAUAGAUGUAUCUACGUUAACCAAGAAGUAUGAUAUUAAUGAUAUAUACAUUACUACUAUCACAAUAUUCUUAUGAUGAACAUUUAUAGAAAUUUCAAAAUACUAUGUCAUUCGCAGAAUAAUUAUUAUGUAUGUCCAAUAAACACAAGAGUAUUUAUAAAGCUUAUUGGAAAAUGA